AUGCUUACGCUUAUAGGACUCGGACUAGAGCCCACAGACAUUUCAGUAAAAGGGCUGAAAAUGGCAAAAGAGGCAGACAGUGUGUAUCUAGAAAGAUAUACGAGCAUCGUUCUAGAUGAGACAGAAAUAGAAAGUGUGCUAGAAAGGAGUGUUAAGUCCGCCUUCAGAGAAGACAUAGAAGGAUCCGAUGGCGGUGAUCCUCUGAUAAUAAAAGAGGCACUGAGCAAGAAUGUAGUGCUGCUAGUGGUGGGCACUCCACUCUUUGCAACUACGCACACGGAGCUGCUGGUCAGGGCGCAGGAGCUGAAAAUAAAAGUGAAUGUCCUUCACAACUCAUCGAUCCAAAGCGCAAUGGGGUGCUGUGGAUUCAACUCGUAUGGAUUCGGCAGGACUGUUUCUAUCCCGUUCUUUGCAGACAACUGGAGACCCUACGACUUUCUGAAGAACAUUCUGAGUAACUUUGAUAGCGGCCUGCACACACUUUGUCUACUGGACAUAAAAAUAAACGAGCCAACACUCGACACUCUGAUGGGAAAGGAGGACAAAAGAUACACUAGAUUCAUGACCAUCCCAGAGGCCAUAGCACAGAUAGAGGAGGCAUCAGAGCACUGGGGCAAUAGACAGCUGCUCGACUCCAAGGCAGUUGGAAUAGAAAGACUCGGGCUACAAAGUGAGUGUUUCACGUACGGAACACUGGCAGAGCUAAAGAGUGCAGAGCAUGGCCCUCCCUUGCACUCGAUUAUCAUCCCCUCAGCGCACGGGAACGCCAUGGAAAAAGAGUGUGUAGAAAGAUACUUUAAAAGCCUGGAGAACAGACAGGUAUGA